AUGGAUGAUCGGUUAGAGGAGAUGCUUCGUGAUGUGGGUCCAGAAUCAUUCAAGCGUGCACAUAUGUAUGAAACUAUGUGCAACGAUUUGGAGAAGCCGUUGUAUCCAAACUGUACAAAAUUCACAAGACUUUCAGCGAUAUUAAGAUUGUUCAAUUUGAAGGCAAGAAAUGGAUGGAGUGAUAAAAGCUUCACAGAAUUGUUAGAGCUACUGAAAGAAAUGCUUCCAGAGGGUAACACAUUGCCUAAUCGUAACUACGAGGCAAAAAAGGUGUUGUGUCCUAUGGGUUUGGAGUAUAAGAAGAUACAUGCGUGCCCAAAUGAUUGUAUGUUAUAUCAUGGUGAGUUUGAAGGGUUGCAUCAAUGUCCAAGAUGUGGGUUGUCACGAUAUAAAAAGAAACAAGAUGAUUCUGAUUAUGAUGUGAGCACUAAGGGUCCUCCAGCGAAGGUUUUAUGGUAUUUGCCAAUUGUUCCGAGAUUAAAACGUUUGUUUGCUAAUGCGGAUGACGCAAAGCUAAUGAGAUGGCAUGAAGAUGAAAGGAAGUGUGAUGGAAGUCUUAGGCAUCCAGCAGAUUGUUUGCAAUGGAAAAAAAUUGAUUCUAUGUUUCCAAAUUUUGGCAAGGAGCCAAGAAAUGUGAGGCUUGGACUAGCUACGGAUGGAAUGAAUCCGUUUGGUAACUUAAGUACUAAGCAUAGUUCAUGGCCUGUUUUGUUGACAAUUUACAAUUUACCUCCGUGGUUGUGCAUGAAACGCAAAUAUUUAAUGCUAUCUAUGAUGAUUUCUGGUCCAAGGCAACCAGGAAACGACAUUGAUGUUUAUUUAAGUCCAUUGGUGGAAGACUUAAAGAUGUUGUGGGAAGAGGGAAUUGAUGUGUUUGACGGGUAUUCAGGUGAAUUGUUCAGGUUGCGUGCCAUGUUGUUCUGCACAAUCAAUGACUUUCCAGCAUAUGGAAACUUGUGCGGCUACAGUGUUAAGGGGCAUAAAGCUUGCCCUAUAUGUGAAGAGGACACUUGUUACCAUCAACUUCUUAAUUGGAAGAAGACAGUUUACCUUAGCCAUCGAAGAUUUCUUAAACCUAAUCAUCCAUAUCGAAGGUUAAAAAAAGCUUUUAAUGGAUUUCAAGAAUAUGACAGUGCUCCUACUGCAUUAACUGGUGAGCAAGUUUAUGAACGGGUGAAGAAUUUAAAUAUGACACUUGGAAAGAAGGGAAAACAACCCAAAGAAAGAAGCAUAUGGAAGAAGAGGUCGAUAUUAUUUGAUCUUCCAUACUGGAAAGUUCUUGAUGUUAGACAUUGCAUUGAUGUCAUGCAUGUUGAGAAAAAUGUAUGUGAUAGUGUAAUUGGCACACUUCUCAAUAUUCAAGGCAAGACAAAAGAUGGACUCAACUCUCGUCUAGAUUUGCAACUCAUGGGAAUACGACAACAAUUGUAUCCACAACCUAAGGGUAAGCGAACAUAUUUGCCCCCAGCAUGUCACACAUUGUCAAAAAAGGAGAAAACAAGUUUUUGUGAGUGCUUACAUGGUGUCAAAGUGCCGCAUGGUUACUCUUCUAAUGUAAAAAGUCUAGUAUCAAUGAAAGAUUUGAAAUUAGUUGGCUUGAAGUCUCAUGAUUGUUAUGUACUAAUGCAACAACUUCUUCCUGUCACGAUAUGUGACGUUUUACCUAAAAAUGUGAGACAAGUCAUAACUAGGCUUUGCUUGUUUUUCAAUGGCAUAUGCAGCAAAGUAAUUGAUCCACAUAAGUUAGAUGAGUUGGAAAAUGAAGCUGUUCUAAUAUUGUGUCAAUUGGUGAUGUAUUUUCCUCCUUCUUUUUUUGACAUUAUGGUUCACUUAAUCAUCCAAUUGGUCAGAGAGGUUAGGUUGUGUGGUCCUGUCUUUUUGAGAUGGAUGUACCUAAUUAAGCGAUACAUGAAGAUAUUAAAAGGGUAUCUGAAGAGCCAACAUCGUCCAGAAGCAUCCAUUAUAGAAAGGUAUAUUGCAGAGGAAGCAAUUGAGUUUUGUUCUGAAUACAUGUCCCAAGUUGAAUCAAUAGGCAUUCCUAAGACUCGUCAUGAGGAAUGA